CAGAGGGACCUGAACUCCUUCCUGUGGACUAUUCGGCGCCAUCCCCCAGCCUACUUGUUUGGCACCAUCCACGUUCCAUAUACCCGAGUCUGGGACUUCAUCCCUGAUAAUUCCAAAGCAGCCUUCCAGGCCAGCACCCGUGUCUACUUUGAGCUGGAUCUGACAGAUCCCUACACCAUCUCAGCACUGGCCAGCUGCCAGCUGCUGCCCCAUGGGGAGAACCUGCAGGAUGUGCUGCCAAGAGAGCUCUACUGGCGCCUGAAGCGCCACCUGGACUACGUGAAGCUGAUGCUGCCCUCAUGGAUGACACCAGCACAGCGCGGCAAAGGGCUGUAUGCUGACUACCUGUUCAAUGCCAUUGCUGGCAACUGGGAGCGCAAGAGGCCAGUGUGGGUGAUGCUCAUGGUGAACUCACUCACGGAGACAGAUGUGCGCUCCAGGGGUGUGCCUGUGUUGGACCUCUACCUGGCCCAGCAGGCUGAGAAGAUGAAGAAGAGCACUGGGGCUGUGGAGCGGGUAGAGGAACAGUGCCAUCCUCUCAACGGGCUCAACUUCUCCCAGGUGCUGUUUGCCCUGAACCAGACUUUGCUGCAGCAUGAAAGUGUGCGGGCUGGGAGCCUGCAGGCACCCUACACCACAGAGGACCUCAUCAAACACUACAACUGCGGGGACCUCAAUGCAGUCAUCUUCAACCAUGACACAUCCCAGCUACCCAAUUUCAUCAACACCACCCUCCCACCUCAUGAGCAGGUGACAGCCCAGGAGAUUGACAGCUACUUCCGCCAGGAGCUCAUCUACAAGAGGAAUGAGCGCAUGGGGAAGAGAGUCAUGGCGCUGCUGCAGGAGAACCAGGACAAGAUCUGCUUCUUUGCCUUUGGAGCAGGUCACUUUCUGGGGAACAACACUGUCAUCGAUGUCCUAAGACAGGCAGGGCUGGAGGUGGACCACACACCCGCUGGCCAAGACAUCCACAGCCUAUCCCAGCAGGGACAUUCCCGUCACCUUGAAGACAUCCCCUCUGCAUCCCCCCUUGCACACAGGGCACACUCACAUCCUGUUCCACUUUGCAGUCCUGCUACUGGGAGCCCAGCUCCUUCUCCCGAGGGCACCUCUUCUGCCAGUCCAGCCCCAGCCACCCCAGCUGCUGCAGUCCCAGAAGCAACCUCAGCAACCCCCACCACCCCUCCUGAGGAGGAGGAUCCAGUCCUGUCCCCACACCUCCUGCUCCCGGACAGCCUUAGCCAGCUGGAGGAGUUCGGACGGCAAAAGUGGCGCAAGAGACUAAACAAACACCAAAGGCCAAGGCAGUUCAACGACCUCUGGGUCCGCAUCGAGGACAGCACCACUGUCUCGCCACCCCCGCUGCCCCUCCAGCCUACCCCCGGCUCCGGGACCACCAAGCCCUUUGUCAAGUCCUCACACCAGCUCCAGCAGCAGGACCUUGCGGGGCCUACCAGCAACUCGGCACCUACACCUGGCCUCCCCCCUGCAAUCGCUGCCACCAUUGUUGCCCCCUUCAUCCUACACACCCUUGGGCCUUCCUGACCUUGACCACCCUUGCAGAGAAGCCAGAGGAACCACAGGAGUGACCAUGCCCACCAUCUGACACCACCUCAAAGGGUGCUGACACCUCAAGGCAGUUCACACAGGACAGGGACUUUAAAACACUAGAGCUUUAUUGUACCCAAAUUACAUCUUCUUUUUUGUAGAAGGUCUUAAUUUCCCAUAGUGCUAUGGGGCUCAUUUGUAAAAUAUGUGUCCAUAUUAAAAGAGAAAGUGUAUUUAUUCUAUCGAUAAAACUAUUUUUAUGUAGCCUAUGUUGUAGUCCCUGAAUUAGCCCCAGCACCAACCCCAGGGAAGGAGCCCAUGUUCCCGUGACCUCUGUGACCUGUGUUGACUAUGGCUUUGAAUUGGCCCCAAGCUUCUCCCACUCUAGGCACCUCUAAGGGCAGCCCCAUGCUUUGGGGAAGCUGAAUUUCACCAGAGGCAUGGUGGCCAACCAUCCUUCCCAUCCCUGGAUGUGUCCAGGCCCUGGGGGGGGGCAAUUUAAGAAAAAAAUAAUGCUGCUAUUUUGAAGUCCUGAGCAUCUGUGGACUGGCCCUCCAGAGCUCCUGGUGAGUUUUUCCAUCAAAGAGGGAGAUUGGUGCUGAGGCAGGUGGACUCAGUCCUGUGAUCAGAUAGCUACACUGAGACCCAAAAAGUGAAUGGGGUUUACCCAAAGUCACAAAGCAAGUGGGCGAUCUAUGUUCCAGUGGCACCGGUCCAGCUUCCAUUUAAGAGGGGCUGGCCCCAGCUGAGUGAAGUGAGCUGGGCAAAAGGGCAGGAGUGGUCAUAGGAUGGUUUUAGGGGUGAUGGAGUUCAGGAGUCCUGGUAAUGACAAUGGUAAAGAGGGCCACGAGUCAGAAGCCAGCAGGUGGGCUCUCUGCACUCUCCCUUCUCCAUAGAUCCUCACACUAGUUCUGUGAGAUGUGAUGACCCCCAUUUCAAUGACACUGAAGCCCCCAAAGAAGGGGAAAGAUCCACCCAAGGUUUACUUCCCACCCCAGAUCAGUGUGAUACAAGAAUGAUCCUUGUCUCUUGGACUGUGUUCUGUCCUUGUUCCUAUCUGGAGAAAUGCCUGGGGAGAUGCAGCCCCCAAACUGGAACCCUCCCUGGCUUCCCAGGGCAGGCAAGGGGGAUGUUUCACCAGCUCCCCCUGCUGGUUCCUGAGGCCAAGGGGCUCUAGCAGGAUGAUCAGACAGUAUCGGCAGGCAGGGAGUUGAGACUUAUCCUUCUGUCCCCAGGGGCUGAAGGGGACACAGUAGGUCAGUGUGGGCUGAAUUUCAGCCUACAGCUCAAAGCUGGGCUUGUGGUUUGUUGGUUAUUUAAGGAGUCCUGGGUCCUGAGAGCAGGGAAGACCCCUCACCUGUCAAUAGCAAUAAGAGUAACACAAAGGUCCAGAAAGAGGAGAGACUUCUCCAAGGUGCCAUAGCUGGGGCAGGCAUGUUGACUCCAGUCCUGUUCUCUCACCUCACUGCACAUGGGUUUUGCUGGCAGGCUCGAUGGCGCCUGGUUGGCUGAGGCACUGCCAUGCUCUGGUUGGCAGACAUCUCCCUUUUGAGAUGGCAGGAUUCUGGGCAACUCAUUGGAUAGUCAGGGGUCCCACAGGCAUCCUGGCAGGCGGCAGAAUUCUUUCCAGCUCUGCCCCAGUGGGCAGGUUUAAGCCUGAGACCUGGCAGGAUUCUGGAACUCUGCUUCACAGGGUCCCGCCAGCCCCAUGGGCACCACAUUGUAAACUGAACUUGACCUCAACCAGGACUGGAGUCAGUUUAUCCUUGGCAAAAAAAAGAAAAAAAUGUGACUUCCUAUUGCUGAGCGGGAAGGGGCUUAGCUGACUUUUAAAGCAGGCUCAGAAGUUAGACAUCAAACGGAUUGUGCAGAGCGCUAUUGGGAUGAGAUAAGUGUAAAGGAAUUGGAAACACACAGGCCAGAUUCCCCUGUUUGGGGCAGAGUAUGGCAUGAGAUGUAUGGAGAUCAAGCUUGAGGUUAAUUAAAGAUGAAGCAUUUGGGGAAACAGUCCAGGCACCUGACUGUGUGCCCAGACCUGUGCCAGGCGCAGGGCCAACAUGGUGAAUUAAUGCAGCAUGUAAUCACUGGGGAAGCAUGGUGCCAGGGUUACACAUACAGGCUGAAUUGUACCCACCCUCCUGGGCCCAGAAGAGUUCACCAUCAAGGUGGGACUGGUGGGGCCAUCCUGGGCUACUACUGUCCCAGUCCCAAUCUCACUGUCUUUCAGAUCCCUUCUUAAGGAAGAUUAGAAGUGAAAGGAGUGUUCCAAACUCUCUUCCUCAACCCUACUUUAAAGUUUUUGAAGAAAGACAGUGUGCCAUGCUUAGCAGCAUAUGUCUGUAAUGAAUGUUCUUGGAAUGCUAAGGCAAGAGCAUCGUAAGUUUGAGGUCCAGCCUGGGAUACAUAGUGAAUUCUAAAACAGCUUGAGCCACGUAGCCAGACCCCCUAUGAAAAAUAAUGGAAAGAAGAAAGGGCUAGGCCAUCAGACUGACAAAUUUCCAGGGUGGUAUGGACUUUAAAAAGAGAGCAAUUGCUGGUCAGACAUCUAGGGCCAAAGUUUCCUGAUCUCUGGAGAUCUCUACUAAGCCAGGAUUGGAGUAAGGAGCAAAUUCAACUUUGAUAGCCAACAUCCCAGGAGACCUUAGGCACAAAAACAGAAUGUCUGGCUAGGCCACUUAAACUUCCCAUCCUGCUCUGAAAAUGCCAGUAAUCCAUCAACAGUUUCUCAGACUUCAUGUCCCAUCGAGCUGGACUCAUAAAACACAAAGCCCUAUUCCUUUGAGAGUUCCUUGCGUAGUUUUAGGACUUUCAUUUUGACAUUGAGGCAGACAGAAAGAUGGAAGGCCAGAGGCCCAGCAGAUUAAGUGACCAGCACAUGCUGAGGGUAAAAGAAUCAGGGAGGUGCAGGGGCCAGUCCCCAGGGUCAAAGAUCCAGAGUCUGCCAUGUGUGGACUGAGGGAGACUUGGAAUGUUCAUCUCACACUAGGUGACCCACGAACAUCCUCCUCACAUGGAAUGUGGUCACCUGCUACUUCCUGGCCUCAUCUAGACUUGGGCAAGCCUGGGAGCUCAGUCACACCACUCCACCUAGUACUAUUGUCACAACAGAUCCCAAAGAAGAGAACUGUUACCAAAAGAGAAUGUCUUUUAAAAGGUGAUAUUCUAUGCAGGAGUUGUAGCUUAGAGGACAUCCUGGAUGGCAAAAAGCAGAGUUGGGGUAGUGAUAGCCAUGAGAUAAACACCAGCUCCGCCACUUGGCGUUCCAGGCCCUCUGUGACCUGGCUCAGCUGAUCUUGCUGGCCAUUCUCAUCCUUCCCAUUCUGACCUGACAGAUGGGAUCAUAUUUGUUAUUUCUAGACUAUGCAGUCUUUUAUAUAUGUUGCUCCCCAGGGAAAGCUCUCUUCUCUUCUCCCAGCCAUUUAUCCUAGAAGGAUAACCCAGAGGACACUAGCUCCAGGAUGUCCCCCUGGAGCCCUUUAUGCAGUCCCAGUACCUAUUACCAUGCCCACAUUCCAGAAACGGGCUGUCUAGAUAUGAAUUUGCUCCCUGUUGUGAAUGCAAGCAAUUCGAUGGGGUAGGUCAUGUGCCAGUUUUUUUUGUUUGUUUGUUUGUUUUUUUUUGGUCAUUGUUGUUGUUUUGUUUUUGUCCUUCAGCACAAAGGUGAUACUCCAAAGAUGUGUUGAGAGGGACAAGGGAGAAAAGGAAGCCAAAAAAUGAAGAAGAGAAGUUUGAAGCUUAGAAAGGAGAAAGCCUUGGCUUUCUUUUGGGAGCAGCUUCCACCUUCCCAGCUGGUAGAGGACAGCACCUGAGAACAGAGCUCUCUGGGGGGAGGGAGAGGGAGAGGCAUAGUAUGCAAGGCCCCAAGGCCCACUGGCUAAAGCCGUGGUCGCCAGCUGGAAGUCUUGGCAAAGGACUGGUGUAAAUGACAUGGCAGUGCCCCCUGGCUCUGUAAGGCUCAGGUUCUUUAAACAUUGUUAUUUUUCCAAAAAUUCAUCUAAGCAGCCAAAAAUAUCACCCUGGCUGGCUGUCUAAGCCGGUAGAUGCAGGACUCAGUCAAGCCUCCCUUCACCCCUCCCCCAUUCUUCCACAGCCCAGACAGACUUGCCAUGAACUGGCAGAAAUGCCUGCAGCCCUUGGGCAUGGGAUCUCUUGGGGAGGAGAGGACUGGAUUGAACCCCUGCCCAUGGCUCCAUCCCACAGCCCUUCUGUCUGAGCCCAACACAGAGGAUGGAAAGGCAGGGCUUAUAAGGACCCAGGGGCCCCUUCCUGGCCCUUUCCAGGGAAUGUUAGCUCCUCACAGCAUGUCUCCAAAGGCAGACCGGGAUCCUUCUUCAUUUGAGGUGGCCUGCAUCUUCCCUUUCUUGCUGACCUAGGGUAAACCCCUGCCCCUCUUUGAGCCUCCAUUUCCUCAUGGACCAUAGGGAGAGUUUCCUGGGGCCGGGAAGGGAAUUCUGUGUAUAAUCUUGGGUCUCCUUGGAAGUGAGUUUCCACCCUUCCCUAGACCAGCUUUCCAUGUAGGCCCCACAGGCUGCCAUGACGGGAGCAUGUGACAGACAAGAAAGCAUUACUUAAAGGCUCCCUCCAUCCUAAGACCUGCCCUGGGGAAUGUGGUUUUGAAUGGGAUCCAAGUCUACAGGGCCUGGUGUGAGAGACCAGGGACUCUUAGGCAGCAGUCUCUCUGGUUGCCAAGCUGGGUGGGUGGAGCUCUUGGCUCUCCAUGGGGAGGCUGGCCUUAACCUUUGCCCAGCUCUAAGUCUCAGAUUUGUUGGCUAUCCCACUGUGCCUCAAUGUACCAAGCUGGCUUCAGCUCUCGCCAUACUUGUGGUGUUCUUUAUCACCUCUUCCCUCACCCCUGUGAAUUGUCAUGAAGAGUUCUUUAAGAGUAUAAUAGAAGACAAAGAAAGAUGCUAUUAAUGUUAUUUUGCCAAAAUAUUUUUGUAGCAUAAUAUAUUAAUAAAAGAUAUUAUGAACUUAA